UGCGAAGGCCCCACACCUUGCCUCUGAGGACCAAGACCAAGGCUGCAUAUUUGGAAGGGCAACCCGGGUCGGUAGGCGAUGAACCGAUGUUCCGGCGACCCAGAGAAGCAAGCCCUGCACAAAGCAGAAGAACGGCUUGAAGAGGACUCGAGGCAAUGAUUCAGCUCUGCGCCUGCACCCUGGUCCUCUUGGUUGGGCUCCUCCUUCUCUCGUUCAUAUUUUUCACCAAUGACGCUGAAGCAGGCGGAGCUGCUGAGGUUGCUGAGGUUUCUGAGGCUGCCGAGCCCGCGCCGAAGCCGGACCUCCCUCCUGCACGUGCAACGCCCGUCGCAGGUCACGUGGGCGCCCCGUGCAACGACUCAGCUCCUUGUCUGGGAGAGUCCCACUGCGUGGAAGGCGUCUGCAGGUGCAAGGGUCCCGGCAUACGAGUCGUGAAAGGCGUCUGCGUUCCUGUCACAACGUCGGUGACAAAGCAGACGCGCACGCGCAAGAUCCCAAGCGCUCCAGCGGGCUCCGGAAAGACGACCCGGCCCCCUGUCGCUCGGUUUGCGUUGGUGUCUGUCGUCCGCUUGGACGCUACUUCUACAAGCACAACCACCGGGACCACGCCAGUGACUAUAGCGGGGAGAACCCAGUCGGCCAUUCGUUUCCAGGACCGAUCCAGUCACCGGACUUUGGACACUCAGAGUCGAACGAGCGAGGUGUUCGGCACUACGUCCAGCCACGCGUUCGGCAAGGCGUCCAGCAUCUCUUCCAGUAUCAUGUCCGAUCCCCUGGCCACGUCCAGCGCGUCGCAGUUCACCAAACUGUCCAGCACCGCGAAAGUGUUCCACGCCUUGCCCCUGGUAGACAAGUCCAAGGCUGCAGGUCUAAAAGAGCACUCCCAGCAGAGAGAAGGAGCACACGCGCUGCUCCCGUUCUAUGCGUGCAUUCUGAUCCUCCUGGUGUUGUUCAUCCUCCAUUCGUUAAUUCUCUUGGCUCCGUCGAAAGCCCCACGUCGCCUGUACGCUGAAACAAAUCGUGCUAGGCAGGCUGCCAAGCGUACGCCGAAGCCGAACAUCGCUCUUCGACCUCCAAAGCACAUAGUAGGUCACGUGGGCGUCCCAUGCAACGACUCCGCACCUUGCCUGGGCGAGGCUCACUGCGUGGGCGGAGUCUGCCGGUGCAACGGGCCUGCUAAGCGCAUCAUGAAAGGCGUCUGUGUCUCGGUCCCCAUGACGGCAACGAAGAAGCCGCAGCCGCCAAAUAGCGCAACCAUUCUGAGGGACGUCAGCACAGAGACCCUCCCGCCUGUCACGAGGUUCGCGUCCGCGCGUACGGUCCGGCUGGGCGCUCCUUCCGCAAGCGCUAACACUGAGACCCCGCCCGCGACUAACGGAGAGGACCCGGGUCAGGACACGACGGAAGUCGGCGGUACUGUCUAUGGUGACGUGGAGGCACGCGGAACCACGGCCUCGAACGCUACAUCCCGCGUCGAGGGAGUGCAGGUGGAAAAGACGUCGAAUGCAACGGGAAUCAACGUUCACCUGGGAUGAAUUUAUUAGAACACUCAUCGCAAGGGCAACGAUCAUCGGGAACUUAUUCUUCCAUUCGGCUGCUUAGAAAAAUAUUUGUGCGUAAUUUUUAGUAACUUUGCCGAAGACCUGUUUCUGUCGCAGGUCUUGAAUCAGUUUUUGUCGCAGGUCGUGAAAUAAAGAUGAUUUUUGUCGAA